GAGUUACAGAAAGUUGUGAGUUGCUAUGUGGGUGCUAGGAAUCAAACCUGGGUCUUUUAGAAGAGCAGCCAGUGCAUUUAGUUGCUGAGCCAUCUCUCGAGCCCUUAGUUCAAGUAUUUUAAAUGAUGCAUUUUAUGCUUUAUAUACAUAACGUAAUAAAAUGUUUUUUUCCCAGAAAAGAUUAAGUAGCCCACUUAAGAUUAUGUAACUAGAAAGUGGCCAAGCUAGAUUUGAACAGAAACCUGCAAUGUCUGUCUCUUGAGCUGAUGCUGUGCAUACCUGAUCAGCCACCCAAACUUAGGACAUCUGGGUUCUUGCCAUCACUGUCUUGUAUGACCUUAUACAGACUGACCUUUGAAGAUCUCAUUCUCCUCAACUAUUAAAUAAUAAGACUUAAGUCUCUUUGACGGGUUUGGCUUGCUGCAGCCUGAUAACAUUAAUUACUAUCUAUGCAGCACUUCUGACAUGACAUCACGCAGACUCUGAAACCUUGAUCUCCUUCCGAUACCAUUUGCCUCUGGGAUGCCCCAUCACGCAGGAGGCCCCCCAGGGAAAGGUCCGGCUAACUGCUCCUUAACCUGCUCCUUCCUCCAGGGGUUCGUCCUGAAGUUAAGCCAGCCUUGAGGAGGCCGCAUUCCCUCUCGUCUCCCUUUUCUGAGUGAGGACUCAGGCUUGAAUCCAUUCCAGGAUAAACUUCUCCUGGCCAAGAGAUAACACAACUUCAAGGUGACAACCAGGGAGGCCUUUUAAAAGUCCUCCUUCCCCCGUCAGAGUUGCUGCGCUCCUCCACAGCUGGCCGUCUGCCGACACCCGCUACCAUGUGGGAACUCGUGUGUCUCUUGCUGCUCAUCCUAGCCUAUUUCUUUUGGCCCAAGCCAAAGACAUUUGAUGCCAAGUUUCCCAGGAGCCUCCCAUUCCUGCCCCUUGUGGGCAGCCUGCCGUUUCUCCCCAGACAUGGCCAUAUGCAUGUCCACUUCUUCAAGCUGCAGGAAAAAUAUGGUCCCAUCUAUUCUCUUCGUCUGGGUACCACACCGACCGUGAUCAUCGGCCAAUAUCAGCUGGCCAGGGAAGUGCUCAUUAAGAAAGGAAAAGAAUUCUCCGGUCGGCCCCAGAUGGUGACUCUAGGCCUCUUGUCGGACCAAGGGAAAGGUAUCGCCUUUGCUGACUCUGAUGGCUCCUGGCGGCUGCACCGAAAGUUGGCGCUCGGCUCCUUUGCCCUGUUCAGGGAUGGUGACCAGAAGCUGGAGAAGAUCAUAUGUCAGGAAGCCAGCUCACUGUGUGACUUGCUGCUCACCCACAAUGAGGAGUCCAUAGAUCUGUCCCAGCCUAUCUUCAUGUCAGUAACCAACAUCAUCUGUGCCGUCUGCUUCAGCACCUCUUAUGAGAACAGGGAUCCGAUAUUGACCACCAUACAGACCUUUACAGAAGGCAUCCUGAAUUGCCUAGACAAUGAAAAUCUGGUGGACAUGUUACCCUGGUUGACGAUUUUCCCCAAUAAAACCUUGGAAAAGAUAAAGAGACACAUUAAAGUUCGAGAGGAAGUACUGAUUGACAUGUUGGAAAAAUGCAAGGAGAAAUUCAACAAUGACUCCAUCUCCAACUUGACGGACAUUCUGAUACAAGCCAAGAUGAAUGCAGAUAAUAACAACACCACUGAUGACCAGGGGUUAUUUUCAGACAGACACAUCCUUUCCACGGUGGGAGACUUCUUUGGGGCUGGUAUAGAGACCACCACCUCUGUGUUGUGUUGGAUUGUGGCUUUCCUGCUACACAAUCCUGAGGUGAAGCAGAAGAUCCAAAAGGAAAUUGACCAGAAUAUAGGUUUCAGCCGUACACCAACUUUCAAUGACCGAAAUCACCUCCUCAUGCUGGAGGCCACUAUCCGAGAAGUGCUUCGUAUCAGGCCAGUGGCCCCCAUGCUCAUCCCCCACAAGGCUAACAUUGACUCAAGCAUUGGCGAAUUUACCAUCCCCAAGGACACACACGUAGUCAUCAAUCUGUGGGCCCUGCAUCACAAUGAGAAGGAAUGGGACCAGCCAGAUCGGUUCAUGCCUGAGCGCUUCUUAGACCCCACGGGAAGCCAUCUCAUUACACCCUCGUUAAGCUACCUGCCCUUCGGAGCUGGGCCCCGCGCCUGCGUUGGAGAGGUUCUAGCCCGUCAGGAGCUCUUCCUCUACAUGGCCUGCCUGCUACAGAGGUUUGACCUGGAUGUGCCAGAUGAUGCGCCGAUGCCCUGCUUGGAAGGGGACCCCAAGGUGGUCUUUCUGAUUAAGCCCUUCAAAGUGAAGGUCACAGUGCGCCAGGCAUGGAAGGAUGCCCAGGCAGAGGUUGGCACCUGGAGGCCAUGACUCAUGUCUCCUGGUCCCACGCUGUGCAGCCCACAGCACAAAACUAAAGGUGCUGCUCCUACUGACUCCUACAUGCCUCCUCCUCCUCCUCUUCCUACCCCCAUUUUCUAGUUUGCAGAAACGGAAACGGAGGGUGAUAUACCUAAAUUAAAGAUUUGCCAAUAAAAGUCUCUAAGCUGCCUAUCAUUUACUCAUUUGCUUACUCAUUCAGUCAACAA